AUCCCCUCAUUGAAGCGCGAUCAUCGUUUUCUUGACUUUGCCAGUUAACCCGUUACCAGAGUAAAUUCUGUAAAUAGUUCAACUGAAAUUGUUACUAUGGCAUGAAAAUGAAUCGUUGUUGAAAUUACCUCCGAGUAAAGCUAGCAGGUCUACGCCUCUUUUUUACUGUGCACAUGUAACAUUUGUAGGAUUUCCUUCACACAGUUUAAGCCGUAGUAGGUCAUGUAAACUAAGUACGUAGCUAGCUAGUUACAGUGAGUUAGAAAGCAAGGUGCUAGAUACUUCAGACGACUGCUAUCCAUCGCUACCGCUACAAGACUAUUGUCUGCCCACCCGGCUACUGAUCCUUUCAAUGGCUGCUGCAAACAAACGUACGCUUUCGGGCAUCGAAGAUGUGAGAGACAGAAAAGCAAAGGUUAUUAAAGACAGCGGUGAGAAGAGACACAUCGCAGCCCUGAUCCUGGCGAGGGGAGGCAGUAAGGGGAUCCCCUUGAAGAAUAUCAAAAUGCUCGCCGGUGUCCCCAUCAGCGGAUGGGUUCUGAGAGCUGCAGUGGACUCCAAACAGUUUGACAGUGUGUGGGUAUCAACUGACCAUGAUGACAUUGAGAAGGUAGCCAAGGCAUGGGGAGCUCAGGUUCACCGCAGGAGCCCAGAGGUGUCCAAAGACUCCUCCAGCUCUCUUGACACCAUCCAGGAAUUCGCCCGAUUAAACCCAGAGGUGGAUGUGAUCUGUCACAUCCAGGCCACGUCUCCCUGCCUGCACCCCUUCCACCUGAAGGAGGCCCUGGAGAUGAUCACCAAGCAGGGCUUCACGUCCGUCUUAUCCGUGGUCCGACUACACCACUUCCGCUGGCAGGAGGUGAAGAAAGGAG